AUGAAUUUCUACUUCCUCUUAUUUUCCUUUUUAUUUUUCCAACAUUCGAGUGGUUUUCAAUGGAAAGUCUUGCCAAAUCAACUGCUUUUUACCGAUGAUCAUUGCCAUCCUUUGCUGCAGCAUCUGAUUUCCAAAGAGCAACGCGAGAUUCGUGAAUUAACCAGCUUUCAAGUGUUGCACAAUGAUGCAUUGGCGUUACUUACGCCACCAUUUGGCGAGCGACCUCUUGCAGUAAAUUGUACAAAUGGAACACACUUUGACAUCAGGAAAGGAAAAAUUGUGGUGCUAAAAUGUAAUCGAUCGUUUUGCUCGGAGAGAGGCGAGUGCGUGACUGUAAAUGAGGGUACUUACAGCCAAAUGUACGAGUGUUUCUGCGAUAGCUGGUAUUACGGGAAAACAUGUGAAGAAAAGUAUCCAAACGAUUGGUGGAUCACGGCGAUUGGAUGGUUUUUGUGGAUCUUUUUGUUGAUUGCUCUACCCUGCAGCGCCAUAUUCAAACCGCGAAAGGACAAAGAA